AUGUCUCGUGGGCAUCUGUCCGGCGGGCAAGUGGGCGUAUACCAUUUAAUUUGUGCAAUGACAAUUGAUGAAAUCGACGGUCUCGUACCUAAACGAGACAGUAAAGCUCAACAGUCAAAAGAUGAUGGUAUCAGUGUUUUACUAUCACAUAUCGAAGGUGUAAAAAAUAUUCCGAAUUUGAUCAUAUUCGGUGCAACGAACCAUCGUAAUAUGAUGGACGAAACUUUUCUGCGUCGUAUGCAAGCAAAGGUCUUUGUUGGUCGUCCAUCGCCAGCAAUUCGUAAAAGAAUGUUAAAUCCAUUAAUUUUUAAAAGUUCAAAAAUAUUUACAUCCGAAGGUCUUGAUUCAUUUGUUAAAAUAACAACAAAUUUUAGUGAUAUUGAUCAUCCUGACAAUUCACUGACGGCUGCUCAAGCACAAGCAGUGAUGCAAGGCGCAAAACUGAAUAAAAUACCUGAACAAGAUGCUUCAAAAUUAGUAUGGGCUUAUUGUCUACGAAGUUAUGGUGAACAGGCAUGUCAAUCAUCGAUUCGUGGUUUACCUGAGGAACUGGAGGGGAUAAUUAGUAUGAAAAAUAAUACUGAUUAUAUUAAAGAUGUACAAGAUUAUUUUAAAAGAAAUCCAACGGCACAUGAAAAAAUUCAAGAGUUUCUAAAUAGCAGCAGUAAACAGAUAAAAAAAGUUAUUCCUUCGCCACCAACAAACACAUCAAAUACAUUGAAAGAAAAUACGGACAGAUUAAACUGA